AACGAUGACACGUCAGAAGGCAACGGAGACAGUCUCGUCUGUCCCUCAGCCGCGUUCUGCUAAAAGCAUCUCCCCAUUGUGCUGAGGAGCGACUGAAAGCAUGAGAAUUGCAAUGUUAGUGUCUCUCAUCAGGCCGACCGGGCCGAUUAUUGUGGGCAUCUCUCUGGGAUUCACUCUGAGUCUCCUCAGCGUCACCUGGGUGGAUGAGUCCUGCGACUCUGACUGGAUGGGAGCCGCCGACGAGAUGCUCAUAGGGCAGCCUGGGGGCUCGAAAGGGGCCCGUAAGCCUAGUUCGAUAUCCACUGGCACAACUGACAAUGGAAAUGUCGAAGAGGACUUUGAGCCCAGAAUAGUACCUUAUAACAAGCCUGCCCUGGAAGGUCCUCCAAAGAAAGUUUUCAGAGCCAAGUAUGCCAGCACAGAGCUUGGAAUUCGUGAACGUCUCUUUGUCUCUGUAUUUACCUCCAAAACCACCAUAAGCACUUUAGCUGUGGCCAUCAACCGGACCCUUAACCACCACCUGGAUGGCCGGCUCAUCUUCUUUACAGGCACUCGCAAUCGUAAACUACCUAAUGGAAUGUUUGUGGUGGCCCAUGGUGACGAGCGUCCAGUUCCAAACAUGUUUCAAUCUGUCCGAUAUCUUCUAGAGCAUCACAUUGCUGAUUAUGAUUGGUUCUUCUUCGUCCAGGAUGAUACCUACACCCAGCCGGAAAGGCUGAAGACCUUAGUAAGCCACCUGAGCAUGGAUCUUCAGCUUUACAUGGGCCACCCUGGGGAGUUCAUUGGAGGUGAAACCCAGGGGAGGUACUGUCACAGUGGACCAGGAUUUCUACUAUCCCGUGCUCUACUUCUGAAGCUCCAGCCUUUCUUGGAGCAGUGCAGGACUGACAUUGUAAGCAUCAGACCUGAUGAGUGGCUUGGUCGCUGUAUCAUUGAUUAUGCUGGCAUGAGCUGUGUGGAAGAAUAUGAGGCCCUGAAUUAUAAUUAUUUUACAAUGGAAAACAAUAUGGACCUUUCCAGAAUGGGGAAUGAUGGAUUCCAGAAUGCUCUCACUGUUCAGCCUGUGACCAGUGCAGAACUUAUGUAUCGUCUGCACAAACAUUUCACAGAAAUAGAACUGCAGAAGACCUAUGAAGAGAUUGAAAAACUACAGUCUGAGAUAAAGAAUGUCAGUGAAUUAGCAGUGGAUGGAAACAAGAGUGCAUUGUGGCCCAUCGGCAUCACACCUCCCUUUGAACCCAAGAGCCGCUUUGAGGUACUGCGUUGGGACUACUUUACCGAAGAUAACUUUUUCUCCUGUGUGGACGGUGCUCCUAAAUGCCAGCUCAAUGGUGCUGAUCGUGAUGACGUGACUGACGUCAUCAAGGUCGCUGUUGAAGAGCUCAACAAAAAAUACAACCCUUUUGUACAGCUGAGCGCUCCACGGCUGGUGAACGGUUACAGGCGCUUGGACCGUACACGAGGGAUGGAGUACACCUUGGACCUGCAGUUCCAGGCCACGACUGAGUCUGGUCACCAGAAAUCUAUCACACUCCGUGUACACCUUGUGCGACCCCUUAGUCAAGUAGAGAUUAUCCCCAUGCCUUAUGUCACCGAGGCUACACGAGUCCAUGUCCUCCUGCCCCUCACCAGUUAUGACUCCCAUGCAGCGCUGCGCUUCUUGGAUCACUGUUCCUCCAACUUGUUCGAGACCGGUGAGAAUGCAGUUCUUAACUUCCUGUUCACCUACGAACCCACCGAGGCCCAAAAAGUGAGUACAAAUGACGUCUUUUCAGAGGUCAAGGCUAAGAUCACUUCCAUCGAGCACAGAUAUCCCAGCGUGAAGGUGUCUUGGAUCAGCAUAAAGACAGAAAGUCCGGGUCUCCUGCUGAUCCUGGAUAUUGUAUCUAGGAAGCACCCGGUGGAAACACUCUUCCUCCUGGUCACCGUUGACACUAUGCUCAACUCAGAGUUCUUGAAUCGCUGUCGUAUGAAUGCCAUCAGCGGCUGGCAGGCAUUCUUUCCCAUCCAUUUCCAAGAAUUUGACCCCGGUGUGGCUUAUCCAGACAAGGUUCCUCCUGCCUCACCAGACCUGGUCAGGGAAGUGGGUCACUUUGACCAAUACACCUUCGAAGAGGGGUGUUUCUACAACUCUGACUACAUGUCCUCGCGCACACAGAUGUCUGGGGAUUUGCAGGAGAAUGAGGAGCUGCUGGAGAGCCUGGAUCUUUAUGACGUGUUUGUGCAGUAUUCGGGGCUGCAUGUGUUCCGUGCUGUUGAGCCUGCCUUGCGGCAGGCGUACCGCAACCGGACCUGCGAUCCUCGGCUAAGUGAGGACGUGUUUUACCGCUGUCUUCAGAGCAAUCUGGAGAGCCAGGGGUCACGUUCCCAGCUCGCCAUGCUGAUAUUUGAACAAGAGCCAGGUAACAACACCUGAGGAGCUUCCAAAGAAGCAAGAGGGGGGUAACUGUAGACUGGCUGACUGCUAGCAGCACUCCUUGUCCAUUUUAACAUCUGUCAACCAGUUCUCUAGUAAAAGCUAUUUGAUUAUCUUACUGAAACCACAGAGAAAUGUUCUGAAAGGAACAUUCUGAGACAUUUAACAAGAAAUGUCUAGAGACAUCUUUUUCGUGAGCACUUGACUCACAACUGUUAAUGCACUACAAAACAAUUCUUUCACUGUGCUUUUCUGAGUAAUUUUUGAAUUUUGUAUUGCGGCAC